UCGGAUCAUAUGAGCGGCGCAUUCCGACGCAGCGGCACUCCUCCAGGUCCUCCAAGUCCUCCAGGUCCUACUCCCGGUCCUACUGCAGGUCCUGCUCCCGGUCCUGCUCCCGGUCCUGCUCCCGGUCCUCCCGGUCCUGCUCCGCGGUGAUGCUCCACUCCUGCCGCCGCUGAAGACGCGCUCAGACCCGGACACGCUCCAGCCUCUUCCCCGCGGACUUUUGGGUGGGAUCCGGACUUUUGGGCGUCGGAGAGGAGCGCUCUUCGGGGACCGCGGCUCGCCUCUCUCCCCUUCUGCUCUCAGCUCUCAAACUCUCCUCCGCUCGGUUAUUCGCGUCCGGAGUCCAAACUUAGUCCGCGAUGGUCGGAGAAACCGAGGUGAAAGAGCGGCCCAAGUCCAACCCGGACUAUCUGAUGCAGCUGAUGAACGACCGCAAAGUCAUGAGCUCCCUGCCCAACUUCAGCGGCAUCUUCACGCAUCUGGAGCGGCUCCUGGAUGAAGAGAUCGGUCGUGUGCGUAAGGACAUGUACAACGACACGGUGAACGGAGGGAUGUUCACAGGUCGAGACGAGGAGCUUCCUGAAGCCAUCGGCCCCGUCGCACAACUGCAGGAGAAACUCUACGUGCCCGUCAAGGAGUACCCCGACUUUAACUUCGUGGGUCGGAUCCUGGGGCCUCGCGGACUCACGGCCAAACAGCUGGAGGCAGAGACGGGCUGCAAGAUCAUGGUCCGAGGAAAAGGCUCCAUGAGGGACAAGAAGAAGGAGGAGAUGAAUCGGGGGAAACCAAACUGGGAGCAUCUGAGUGAAGAUCUUCACGUCCUGAUCACGGUGGAGGACACGCACAACCGCGCCAAGAUCAAACUGCAGAGGGCCAUCACCGAGGUCAAGAAGCUCCUGGUGCCCGCCGCCGAGGGGGAGGACAACCUGAAGAAGAUGCAGCUGAUGGAGCUCGCCAUUUUGAACGGGACGUACAGAGACGCCAACAUCAAGACGCCGGCGGCGUUCCCUCUAGCGCCCCCUCAGGCCCCGCGGAUCAUCACAGGCCCCGCCCCCGUCCUGCCGCCGCUCAGAAACCCCGCCCCCGUCACCACGCCCAUCAUGCCUCUGAUCCGUCAGAUCCAGAGCUCCGCCCUGGUCCCGGGAGCCAAUCCCCACGCGGCGCUGGUGCAGCAGGGCCCCGAGUCCGGCAUCAUCUACGCGCCGUACGAGUACCCGUACACCCUGACGCCGUCCAUCCUGGAGUACCCCAUCGACUCCAGCGGGGUGCUAGUCCCCUCUCCCUUUGUCGUUGCAGGAGCCGUUAGCGCUAAAGUCCGGCGUCAGGAGAAGAGAACGCACCCGUACCAAAGGGUCACGGACAGAGGUCAGUUAGCUCCUGCGCUCUGUGUGAAACGUGCAUGAAACUCCCACAGGAACACAGGGACACACGGACCAAUCAGACGACGGCGAGGAGGGGGCGGGGCCGGCCACGCAGCGACGCACAAAAAAACGAAAUCUGGUCAAGUUAAGACGACAUGAAUUAAGAUGAAUCUGUGAGUCUUUUGUUAAUUUGCUUUUCAAAGUAAAAACAUAAAUGAGAAAACGAAAAAAAGAACCUACGAUUUUCUUCAAAACCAAAAUGAAAAAACAGAUAACAGGACUGAACCAGGACUGAACCAGGACUAAACCAGGACUGAACCAGGACUAAACCAGGACUGAACCAGGACUGAACCAGGACUGAACCAGGACUGAACCAGGACUAAACCAGGACUAAACCAGGACUGAACCAGGACUGAACCAGGACUAAACCAGGACUGAACCAGGACUGAACCGUUUUCAGGUCUGGGCCCAGUUUCAGUCCCAGUCCCAAUCACGGUCUCAGUCCCGGUCUGGUCUCGGUCCAAGUCUCAGUCCUUGUCUUGGUCCUGGUCUGGUCCUGGUGUAAAUCCUGGUCUCAGUCCUGGUCUGGUCCCAGUCUCAGUCCUGGUCUGGUCCCAGACUUGGUUUAGUCCUGGUCUCGGUUCGUUAUCUGUUUUUCAUUUUGGUUUUGGAGACAAAUAAUGAAGAAAAUAUUAGUUUUUUCGAUUUCUUAUUUUUGGUUUUACUUUGAAAAACAAAUGAACCAGUGAAACACGGAUUAAGACGACUUGAGUCAAUUUCACUAAACAUGUAAAAUAAUCUGCAGUGGAACAAAACCUUUUGUACUUAAAAUAUGAAAAUACAUUUUGCUGCACUUAAAAUAAGAAAAACUUUUUGCACUUAAAACAAGAAACAAAAUCGAAUGUUGCUUGAAUUAAGAAAAACAAACUUGUUCCAUUGGUCGAUUAUUUUACUUUUUAAGUUGAAUCGACUCACAUAAAAUCAAAUGUUUUUAAUUUACGUCAUUUUAACUUAACUAGAGUUUGUUUUUUUCCAGUGACGAUGUUCAAAAUGUUUUUUGACGAAGUUUUUGGCGACGUUUGGCUGUUUUACGACUUCAAAACUGGGCGGAGCUUCAAUCAAAACAUAAACAGAAAAAUUCUCCAAUUAACUCAAAAAUAUUUAGCUGUUAUUACUACACUUUACCUUUUUCCAAUGUUAUAUUUUUACAUGAACUGAACGUAAAGAUUUUAAGUAAAGUAACUUAAAUAUUUUGUUUGGAUCAACAUAAGAAAAAUAACUGGAAACACAGUUAACGUAAUUUAUUUUUUUAAUUUAAGAAAUAGAGAUAAACUAAAUUUACGGUGUUAGAGCCUUAGCACCAGGAGGUUGGUGGUUUAAUUCCAGCACAUACUGUUGUUGUGUCCUUGGGCAAGACACUUAUCCCACUGUUUGCGUGACAACAGUAAAUUAACUUAAAUAUUUUGUUUAGAUCAAAAUAUGAAAAAUUAUUGGAAUUUAACUUAUUUUUUUUAAGUUAAGUUAAAAUGUAUUAUUUUAAGUAAAAAAAUGUUGAAUGUUAAUUAUAGGUGCAAUUUUUUAUUCUUCUUAUUAUUAUUUUAAUUAAGAUAAUCAACAAUACAUGUAAAUAUAAGAGGGAGUCAAAUUAUAAAAUUAUACAAAGAAAAUGUAGAAUAUAUAAAGAAAGAAUAAAAUAAGUAAAGUAAAUGUUGUCACUGUUCACUGGCCUCAUGUUGUAAAUGUAAAAACUUUUAUGGGGCCAAUUUUAGUAACAUUGGUCACUUUAAAUGUAAAUAUAAAAGAGUUUAAAUUUGUCUAAAUUUAAUAUUAGUCAUAAUUUGAGUAAAAUGCUUCUGAAUUUUAAGUUAAUUAAGUUUAAUUUUAUGUAAUUUAAACUGUUUUUUUGUCUUAGUCUUUGGACCUGGACAUGUUUCAGUUUUACAUUUUACAACUAGAUAUAAAAUCCAGAGGAAAACCCAGAACUAAACCAGGACUAAACCAGGACCAAAUCAGAACUAAACGAAGACUAGGCCAGGACCAUACUAGGACCGAACCAGGACUAACCCAGGACUAAACUAGAACUAAACCAGAACUAGUGCAGGACUGAACUGAGACUACAUCAAGACUAAACAACGAUAAAACCAGGACCAAAACAGAACUCAACCAGGACUAAAACAGGUCCAAACCAGGAUUAGAUCAUGAUCAGACCAGGACCAAACCAGGACCAAACUAGGACUAAACCAGGACUACCUCAGGACUAAACGUGAUCAAACCAGGACUAAACAAGGACCAAACCAAGACUACAUCAGGAUUAAACCAGGACUAAACCAUGACUAGGCCAAGACUAAACCAGGACUAAAUCAGGACUAGACUAAAACUGAACCAGGACUAAUUCAGGACCAAACCAGGACCAAAAUCAAGACUACAUCAAGACUAAAACCAUCAUAAAACUAGGACCAAACCAGGACUAAACCAGGACUAAACCAGGACUAGACCAAGACCGGUUUUCCAUAUUAUUUUAGCUUCAUUAAUUUCUUAAAACUGAUGCACUUUUCCGAUCGUAAACAGCCGAACUUUGUCACACUGUUUAGUUUUUUGUUUUGUUGUAUUUUUUUCUCGUCGUCCAUUUUGUUUGUUCGUCCGUCGCCGGCGUCUCUGGCCUCGUCCCUCGCUCCCCUCCUCCACUCGCCGCACACAGCAUGCCUUUUAUUCUGUCACUCGCCCUCAGCUCGGUCUGGACUGAACCGGACCGGACCAUUUCAAACCCCCUGCCCCCCUGCCCCCCCCCCCCCCUCCCGUGAGUGCGAGUGGUGCAGUCCGCUCACGAGGCCCCGGCGCUUCCACACACUCCAUCUGAUUUACUCUUAUUCGACUUUGUUACUACCUUUUAACCUACACAAACACUGUAGGCCGAUCUUUAAACCUCCUCAAACCAUUCCAUAGAUGUAUUAUUAUUAUUAUUAUUAUUAUUUUUACUAUUAUUAUAUUUUACACAAAUGAAUUAAUGACUUUUACAUCCCAAUAAUGUGCCCAGUGACCGCUGCAGCUCUCACAGGAUCACACCAGACUCAAAAAUAGUAUGUCUUAGUAUUUUAUAAAAUAGAAUUAUGGCUGGAUUAAUUUCACUGAUUUCAGGAUAAAUUCGUAAAUAUGUACCCAUGAUUGUAAAAUUAUAUUGAUGUUUGUUUUAAGUUGGAUUAACUUGUAAAAAUUAAUUAAUUAUAUGUAACAGGCUAAUUGCAAAAGUGAUUUUAAACAACUGUAAUUAGUUUUUUAAGUUAGUUUUUAAAUUAAUUAUUAUUGGUUACAUUCAUUUUAGUAUUUGUUUAGUUAAAGUAGAUUUUUUUUAUUCAAUAUUGUUGAUUUUAAGACAAAAAUGCAGCUAGAGACAAACAAAAUUUAAGUGGGAAUGUGUUUUGUCCUUCUCCCACUUUGGGCACUGGACCAGGACUCAGUCUCAUUUCAGUGAGAUUAUCCUGGUUAAAGUUAAAUUAUAAUAAAUAAAAUGAAUGUAGUUUGGUUUAAAGAUGCAUUAUGUAACUUUCCUGCUUUGGGAAUGUUCCGCAGUGUGGCAUUAUCGUCCAUCCGUCUCACGUUUUCUCAUUUCAGUUUCUGUCAAUCUGUGAGUAAAAAGCACUUGACGCGUCGUCGUCGUCGGCGUCUUCCCGUUUCCAUAGAGACAGAGGAGUUUAAUGUCAUACUGUGGAACUUUUCCAGGCAAAGCAAAUACAUCUCCAGGAGACGAGCAGUACAAAUGUUACAUAAUGCAGCUUUAAAUUGAUCCCAAAACACUGAAACUAAAUCCAAGUUUAUAGAGAAAAAAACAAAAUGUAGUCGAGUUCAGACGACUUGAAUUAAGAAAGUUUCAUCAGGAUUUGAGUAAAUUUCAUAUGAAAAGUAACAUGAUCUGACUUUUUGUACUUAAAAUAUAAAAAUACAUCACGCUGCACUUAAAAAAAGAAAAACAACAACUUUUAGCACUUAAAAUAAGAAACUAAAUCGGAUGUUGCUUGAAUUAAGAAAAACAAACUUAUUCCACUGGUCGAUCAUUUCACUUUUCAAAUUGAAUCAACUCAAAUAAAGUGAAAUAUUCUUAAUCUAAGUCAUUUUAAUUUAUCUGGAGUUUGUUUUUUUCCAGUGUUUUUGUGCAGGAGGUUUUAUGAACAGGACGGUUUCAAAGUGCUGCUCAGAGCGAUGGAAACUCGUCUGCAGAACCACUUAGUUAUGAACUCAUUCGAACAAAUUAGUUGUUAAAACUAAGAAUAAUUCAUGAUUGUUCAUUUUCUUGUCAAAUACGUGAUUUUAAUCCAGCUGUGAUUUUUAUUUAAAGGUCCAAUAUUUGACUAAACUGACCCCGGUGAGAUUUAAGUCAAUCUCCGAAGCUCCAAACGCUCUGCUCCACCUUGUGAUGUCAUGAAGUGGUAGUUUCCAUGUGAACAGCUCCUUUUACCUUUAGUUCAGAUCAGAUUUAUUUCAGUCGAGUUCAGCGGCUCCAGGACUGAAAUGAUUCUAGGUGAAGGUGUGUGGAGUUUAAAAACACGGUGGAGCACUUCCUGUAGCACCACACGAUGACAUCACAAGGUGGAACAGAGUGUUUGCAGGCUGAGAGAAGAACUCGUGUUAAAUUUGCAGGUUUGUGUGUUUAAAAUAUAUGAAUAAAACCAAAAAAAACCACAACCCCAGUUCUGUUUGUGACGAGGAAACCACAUUAGAACGAUGGACGAUCAUUUGUUUCAUCAGAUUUUGAAUUUUAAAUAUCGUUAAUUUUUUAACUUUAUCUGACCCGGUAGCAAACAGGAAACGGAGCAGUGAAGCGAUCUGAUUGGUCAGAAUUCGCCUCAGCAAAACCCCGAGCCCCGCCCACAAAUGAGAACCAUUAGGAAACAGCCUCCUCUUCCUCACGUCUCCGAUCUUUGUUACUAAUUUUACACUUUGAACUUUAUACUCUGAAUUUGAGAACUUAAAAAUAUCUGCGCUGAAUAUUUAAAAGGUUACAUUUUUGUUUUGAAUUUGAAACAUAUUGAAAAAGUACACUUAGAAUUUCAGCAACUAAAAUUCGGAAUAAAAAUAAUUCAAACAUCUUUUUUCAGAGUUAAAAAAUUCAAAGUGAGAAAUUCAGUCUUAUUUAAAAUUCAAAAUCUGAUGGAACAAAUUAUCUUCCAUAGCGGCGUUUGAAAACUCUAAAUCUGAUGAACCCAACAGAACACUGGGAUGAUGUGACAGUGUGAUAUUGGACCUUUAAAGGGAUAGUUCGGGUUUUUUGACAUGUAUCUAUGUCGUCCCCGUCAGCAGUGUCGUACAUCCACACUGACUCA